AUGAUUCAUCAUGAGGUUGAGUUUUCUGGAUUUCUUGGAAAGAGACCUCCUCUUGUUUUCAGAGGACUGGAGUUUUGCGGUUUUUCAUCUUGUCUGUAUUUGCUAGCUAUUAUUACAACAGGACGAUUGCGGAGGGGAAAGGGGGGACUGUUUAUAGGUUUGAGCACUACUUCAUACCCUCGGCCAUCAAAGGCGUCUUUGCGUUUUGGCACUGGAAGGAACUUGACUAUGGAGUACGGGGACUUACAAGAAUUGAACUAG